AUGGCACUAUUAUCAAUGAAUAAUGAUUUACAUGAAGAAUAUAAUCAUACAUCAAAAAUAAUUUAUUUAGAUAAUAAUGCAACAACUCGAGAAGAUAAAUCUGUUAUUGAAAUAAUGAUAAAUCAUUUAAAACGUUCAAAUUCAUUUGGUAAUCCAAGUUCAUCACAUUUAAUUGGAAUUGAAACUCGUUAUUUAAUUGAUGAAUCGCGAGAACAAAUUCGAAGUUCAAUAAAUGCAUCAUAUUCAAAUGAAAUUAUAUUUACAAGUGGUGGAACAGAAUCAAAUAAUUUAGCUAUUUAUGGAAUUCUUAAAACAAAUAUUAAUAAUCAUAUUCAACAUAUUAUAACAAGUCCAUUUGAACAUCCGUCUGUAGCUAAUUUACUUACAUAUUUACAAAAUUCAUAUAAAAAUAUUCAAAUAUCAUUUGUUAAAGUUGAUUCAAAUGGAAUUAUUGAUCUUCAACAUUUUCGUCAAUUAUUAAAACCAGAAACAAAACUUGUUACUAUAAUGCAUAGUAAUAAUGAAAUUGGAUCAAUCCAACCAAUUGAAGAAAUCGUUCAAUUAUGUCGUAAAUAUGGUUCAUCUGAUAUUCUAAUUCAUACAGAUGCAUCACAAUCAAUGGGAAAAGUAGCAAUAGAUGUAUUACGUCUUGAUAUUGAUUUAUUAACAAUAUGUUCACAUAAAUUUCAUGGUCCAAAAGGUAUUGGUGCUCUUUAUAUUCGUCAAGGAAUAAAAUUAGAACCUAUUUUAUAUGGUGCACAACAUGAACAAAAUCUUCGACCUGGUACAGAAAAUGUUUUAGCUAUUGUUGGUUUAGGUAAAGCUUGUCAAUUAAUAUCAAAUAAAUCUAUUUUAAAUAAAAGAAUUGAACAAAUGAAAAGAACACGUGAUCGACUUUAUCUUGGAUUAAAAAAUCAAUUUAAUGAUCAAAAUCAAGAUUUUCUUAAACGAAAUGGAAUUGAUCAAUAUUGUUUACCAAAUACAUUAAGUUUAUCUUUUCAACAAAUUAAUGCUAAACAAUUAGUUAAUCAAUUAAGUGAUUCUAUUGCAUUUUCAACAGGCAGUGCUUGUCAUGAAGAUACAAAACAUCAAACUAUGUCAACAACGCUUCAAGCUAUUGGUUUAUCAUGGGAAUUAGCACGUGGUACAAUCCGUUUAAGUACAAGUUAUAUGACAACAGAUGAUGAAAUUGAUGAAUCUAUUAUUCUUAUUACAAAUGCUAUUAAACAACAAUUAUCGUCUUAUACCGAUCAACAUGAUUAA